AUGGCCGCAACACCCAUCGCGCUCCCCGCCACGAGCGGGACGGAAUAUCAGUGGCGCAUUGUCUACUUUCAGACAUCGAAUCGCUGGCCACCUGGAAGCAGCACUCAAGGUCUGGACUGGGCUCGCUAUGCUUUUCUCGAUCUCAAGACCACGUACGCCGUCGAUGUCCCACCCAAGACGAGCUUCGCGGCCUACAAGGGCAUCGAACCUCCUCCAUGUAUCGUUCUCCACGCAGCGAAAUACAUGAAGCGUUUCUACAGGAGACACAAGGACUGGGAACUGGUUUGCAAGCUAGACGAGCCAUCGCAGUACUACUUUUGUUACGGUCCAUACCAAGGACCUUGCGGUCAUGGCGGUUGUAAUGAAAAGGGUGGCAGAUGCCGUUUCGAGAAACAAGAUUGGCUUCGCUACGGGAUUGGCGUGGUUCUGAGGAGGCCGCUGAAGGACACUAAGGAAACAGCAGUGCCGGAUCAGCUCCCUCCAUAUCUGACAUAUAAUGAGAUGAUAAAAUACUAG